UAGCCUUUCGUCGAGUAUUGAAAGUCGAUAAUAAAGUUUAUUUAGAAUAAUUAAAUUAUUAAAUUGUACAAAACAAACAUUCAACGACUAGUGGACAUAGUGGCUGGCGCAGAAUGACUGGAAUAACCUGUGUAUUAUUCCUAUUACUUUUGACAUUUACAUCAGCAGCAGAAUAUGAUGAUCCUGACUGUAUUGUGGACAAAAGUUUGGAACCAUAUGGUUCAAACUACAUGGACUGUAGCACUGACUUACAGGUACAGAUGGGUAGGACCGAGUGUUGUAAGAUAGACGAUGCAGUUGGCUGCUGCGAACCCGGAGGAAACUGGAAACAGUUUCGUCUGAUAGGUAUAUGUCUUGGUGUAAUCACGGUCACCUUGGCCGCCUUUCUCAUUUAUUGGUUCUGGUGCAGAAAGAAUAAGCGAGUAUCCAGGGCAACCGAUUACGUUGCUCAAAAAGUAUAUGUUGCACAGGAAAGAUACUGCAGUUGUAUCCGGUGCUGCAGAAAACAGGUGGAGGCGCGAAAACACCACGAGGUGCUGAAACAGAAAGCUGAAGAAAUCCCAGCAUUCCAGCUACCAGCCGAGUCCAGCAACUCGGACCAAACCUUCGACAAGUUCUGGCAGGGACCAAUUGUUAAAUCAUAAAUACUGUAUUAGUCAAGUCUUUGACAAGUUCUGGCAGGGACCAAUUGUUAAAUUAUAAGUACUGUAUGAGUCAAGCCUUUGACAAGUUCUGGAAGGGAACAAUUGUUAAAUCAUAAAUAUUGUAUUUUAAACGUCUGUUAUUACAUUUACUAAUUUGUCAGGUUAUACAUCGCUAAAUUCACAUGUUUUAAUCUACCGUGUUUUUUUAUUUCAUCAUUUCCACCUAAAAUAGUGAUCUC